AUGCAAGCCACCACGGCCGCGGCGGCGGCGCAGCUGCUAACAGAUACGAGGAGAGGGCCCAGAUGUAGUAGGGCUCGGCUGGGAGCGACGAGAUUAUCCUGGCCAGGUCGAUUUGCAGUGGAAGCUUUUGCAGGCCGGUGCCAAAGCAGUGCUACUACUGUCACGCAUAGAUUCAGUGCCAUUUCUCAAGCUACAAGCCCUAGAAGAAAGGCAAGGAGGCAGUGCAGCGAUGAUCAGUCAGCCCUCCAAGCUGGAUGCAGCAAGGUUAAUCGCGAUCAACAUGGUUACGACGUGAACUGGUUUGAGGAAAUCAGCCAAGAAGUUUCGAAGAAAUUGCGCGCUUUCUACCAGUUCUGCAGACCACACACAAUCUUUGGCACUAUCAUAGGCAUAACUUCAGUGUCUCUCCUGCCAAUGAAGAGCAUAGAUGAUUUUACUGCAACGGUACUAAAAGGGUAUCUCGAGGCUUUGGCUGCUGCUUUAUGUAUGAACAUUUAUGUGGUAGGGCUGAAUCAGCUAUAUGACAUUCAGAUUGACAAGAUCAACAAGCCAGGUCUUCCAUUGGCAGCUGGGGAAUUUUCAGUAGCAACUGGGGUAUUUUUAGUAGUCACAUUCCUGAUCAUGAGCUUUAGCAUCGGAAUACAUUCCGGAUCGGUGCCACUGAUGUAUGCUUUAGUUGUCAGCUUCCUUCUUGGAAGUGCAUACUCCAUUGAGGCUCCGUUGCUCCGGUGGAAACGGCACGCACUCCUCGCUGCAUCCUGUAUCCUAUUUGUGAGGGCUAUCUUGGUCCAGUUGGCUUUCUUUGCACAUAUGCAGCAACAUGUUCUGAAAAGGCCCUUGGCAGCAACAAAAUCACUGAUGUUUGCAACAUUGUUCAUGUGUUGCUUCUCUGCCGUCAUAGCUCUAUUCAAGGAUAUACCUGAUGUUGAUGGAGACCGAGAUUUUGGCAUCCAAUCCUUGAGUGUGAGAUUGGGGCCACAAAGAGUGUAUCAGCUCUGCAUAAGCAUACUGUUGACAGCCUAUUUGGCUGCCACUGUAGUAGGAGCUUCAUCCACACACCUACUUCAAAAGAUAAUCACUGUGUCUGGUCAUGGCCUGCUUGCACUAACACUUUGGCAGAGAGCGCGGCACCUUGAGGUUGAAAAUCAAGCGCGUGUCACAUCAUUUUACAUGUUCAUUUGGAAGCUAUUCUAUGCAGAGUAUUUCCUUAUACCAUUUGUGCAGUGAAAUUUGUACAAGGGCCAGCAGAUGUGAGCUAUAUAUACAUGUAAAACAAAUUAUAUUACUGAUGAUACCCUAUCCAAUGCUUGGGUUUUCCUUGUACUGUGUUUUCUGUAAUUUCAUGAUCUAGAGAAAGAGGCAAAUGUUGGAUGUGUAAUUCAGAUGUAGUAGCUUUGUUCAGUUUGUCCACCACAUUAGAGAAAUUUCAGUUUGUUAGUUCAGGGGAUAAUAUAUUUUCCAUUUAAUGUGCAAAUUAAGCUAAACUGAA